CGCGUGGGGUUGUUGCGUCGGUGGUUCAACUAACUGAGUUGUGAGUCCCGAGUCGGACUCGGAAGGGGGGAGGUUAGAUGCGUAUAGUCGUCGUGCUCCUGCGUAUGUAUGAAGAUUGAAGGCUGAUACUCUUUCUUCCUUCCUUUUAAAACCCUAACUAUUUCUCCAUUUCUUCUGGUCUCUUCCUCGAACUUUCCUCCUCUCUUCUUGUUCGUUUGUUUGUUUCCCGGGAAUCUUACCGUCGGGAGGCAGAACGAACAACGGCAGCGCCGCCAUGAAGGUGAUAGACAAGAUCCGGUCGACUGUCGGUGAGGCCAAUGGCGGAGCGGCGAACGGCGGGAACAACAACGUCGCAUUUUCCUUCGAAUUCUUCCCCCCGAGAGCGGAAGGCAUGGCGAAGGUCCUCGAACUGAUAGAACGCAUGGUGGCGUACAGCCCGACCUUCUGCGACAUCACCUGGCGAGCCUCCUCCGGCGACGUCACGCUCGACAUCGCCAACAGGAUGCAGAACUCCAUCGGCAUCGAGACCAUGAUGCAUCUCACCUGCGCUGAAAUGCCAGUGGAGGAAAUCGACCGCGCGCUCGACACCAUCAAAUCCGGCGGCGUACAGAACGUUCUGGCCCUCCGCGGCGACCCCCCGCUCGGCCAGGACAAGUUCGUCCAGAUCCAAGACGGAUUCUCCUGCGCUCUCGACCUGGUGAAGUACAUGAGGUCCAAGUAUGGGGACUACUUCGGCAUUACUGUUGCUGGUUAUCCAGAGGCUCACCCGGAUGUGAUCGGAGAUGAUGGUGUAGCCACGCCGGAAGAUUACCAGAAAGAUCUUGCCUAUUUGAAGCAGAAGGUUGAUGCUGGAGCAGAUCUGAUCAUCACUCAGCUGUUCUACGAUACCGAUAUCUUUCUCAAAUUCGUCGAUGACUGCCGCCAAAUUGGCAUCACCUGCCCAAUUGUGCCUGGCAUUUUGACUAUUACCAACUACAGAUCAUUCCGUAAAAUGACUGGAUUGUGCAAAACUAAGAUCCCAGCUGAGAUUCUUGCUGCACUGGAGCCCAUCAAAGACAAUAAUGAAGCCGUGAGAGCAUAUGGAAUUCAUCUCGGGACAGAGAUGUGCAAGAAGAUUAUAGCUCAUGGGAUUAGGACGCUGCAUCUUUACACAAUGAAUAGGGAUGAAUCAGCUUUGGCCAUACUGAAGAAUCUCGGCGUGAUUGGAGUGUCCAAGAUCCCACCUCCAUUGAAGCAGCAGCAGAAAGCAAUACAAGAAGAAGUAACAAAGGAAGAAGUUGCUAAGGUUGUUGGCUGAUCACACUAUGGACCAAAUUGUUCCAGGUAUGGAAGUUUUAAGAGAUGUUUCGUAAUUUAUCAAUUCAUUUGGUGCUGCGCACCGUUUUUUCCACUUAUUAUAGCAUUCUUUAGUUGACUAAGUCUAGCUAAGCUAAGCAUAUGUUCAUAACCAAUUGAAUCAUAUAAAAACCAUAGUUAGCCACAUGUUAGGCUAUUAAGGUUGUAAUCCUAUUUACAGUUACAGUUUGCUGUUGGUUUAGAAGUCCCAAGGUUAAGCCCAAGAGGCAUUGGGCAUUCUUCCCUGUUUUCUUCUUCUUAAAUUGCAAUUGGCUUCUUUCCUGUGUCACCAAUAUAUGGUCUGGGUUCAACACUAUUUUAUCGCAGUUCUUACAGAAUAUAUCCUCUACAGGUUUACUAUUACACGUUGAAUCAUUAGGCUUAUAAAUAAUUUGAACUGGUGAGUGAGUGGUACGCUAGUGAACCGAGGAAUUUCGCUCUGUUGCUGAGGGAGUGGAACUUUUUUUGGGUUGGUGGUGUGGGCCUACUUACCAACUCCCAGCACCCACUAUUUGCAGUCGUCAGUCCUCCACCUCACCUCUUGGGCGUUGGUGGCGGUUGGUUAGUGGACACUAUUCAAAUGUAGCCCAACAAAAUUAUAUUGACUCAUAAUUAUAUGAUUAGUUUCAGUUCUUGCCAUGUGAUCAAUUGAUCACACUGUUUUUAGUUUUUUACACUAAUUGACCAGAGGUUUGACUUUGACAGUGCUGCUAAAAUGGGUUCGACUCUUAGAUUAAACUAGAAAUCAAAUC